AUGGAAAAGCAAUAUUCGGUGGAAAAGUGUCCAGCAAGCUACGAUCGGUAUGAGUUUACUCUGCCCGAUCUGUAUCGUACCAUAGCUAAAGAGGAACUCCGGGAAGAUGACGAAAUACGUGAGCAAUCAUUGGUGCAAAUGCGCGACUGGAUUGCCAAACAUCCGUACAUUCGCAAGUGUCGUACGGACGCAGCGUUCCUUUUGCGAUUCUUGCGCUUUCGGAAGUACUCGGUACCGAUGGCUUGCGAGGCACUGGAGCGCUAUCUGGCCAUGCGUCAAACAUUCCCAGAGUGGUUUAAAAAACUUGACUGCAACGAACCAGCCAUGAAAGAAAUGCUGAAAGAUGUAGUGUUUACCAAGUUCGGUGAAGAUGCAGACGGUCGUACGGUGAUCCUGUUCCGAUUUGCAAGAUUUAAUGUGGAAAAGUUUACUGCCCUGCAGGAGGGACGAUUUACGGUGCUGUUGAUCGAGACACUGCUCGAAUGGGAAGAGCUACAGAUUGGUGGUUUUCGAGUGUUUGUCGACUACACGGAUUCGGUGCUAAAGCAUUACGGAAUUUGGGGUAUUUCGGACAUGAGGAUCUUUAUGGAUGCGAUCAACCGUUCGUACCCGAUCAGGAUCCGUGAAAUUCAUGGCGCAAAGUUUCCAAAGUUUGCCAUAUCGCUGCUCAAUCUGAUGCUUUCGUUUGCGAGCCCCAAGCUGAAGGAACGCAUUAAAUGUCACGACAGCGUUCAGGAGAUGGCAAAACAAUGCGAUCCAUCAUUACAGCCGUCCGAGUGGGGAGGCCAGUGUAAUCUGGAGGAAUUAAAUCAAAAGUUUAUGAAGCACUUGGAAGAUCGGCGAGAGGUGAUGCUGGCCCUGGAUGAGAUGGACAUCGAUACGGCGCAUUAUACAGCCCUGUGGAAGUACACCUCAGCAUCCGACAGUGAAAUAGAUAGUGGUGCGAUGGGCAGCUUUCGACAGCUUGGCGUAGAUUAA